AUGUCAGUAUUCAGAAUUGAUUGUGGCUAUCAAAACUACGAUUGGGGAAAGAUUGGAUCCUCUUCAGCCGUAGCCCAAUACGCUGCUGCAUCUAAUGCAAGCACCAAGAUUGACGAAUCCAAACCUUACGCCGAAUUAUGGAUGGGAACUCAUCCUUCCGUCCCCUCUGUUGCUGUCGAUGUCGCUGAAGGUAAGAGCACCUUGAGAGAACUUAUUGGCGCAUCCCCAGAAAAAUACUUGCACCAAUCUAUCAUUGACAAAUUCGGAUCAUCUAAGGAACUCCCAUUCUUAUUCAAGGUGUUGUCUAUCGAAAAAGUGUUAUCAAUCCAGGCACAUCCUGAUAAGCAAUUAGCUGCACAACUACACAAACAGGCCCCACAACACUAUCCAGAUGACAACCAUAAGCCAGAAAUGGCUAUCGCUGUUACCGAUUUCGAAGGAUUCUGCGGUUUUAAACCAUUGCAAGAAUUAGCCGUCACUUUACAAACUAUCCCAGAAUUAAACGAAAUUAUUGGUGCAGAAACUGUAGAAGAAUUUGUCUCACAAAUAAAGCCAGAAGCUGAAAUCGGCUCUUCCGACGACGUUGCCAACAGAAAGUUAAUUCAAAAGGUGUUUGGUAAGUUAAUGAAUACCGACGAAUCCGUAAUUCAAGCUAAGGCCAAGUCCCUUGUCGAGAGAACGUCCUCCGACCCAGAACUUUUCAAAAAGAUUGAUUCUAGAUUGCCAAGUUUGAUUCAACGUCUUAACAAGCAAUUCCCAGAUGACAUUGGUUUGUUCUGUGGAUGCUUGUUGUUGAACCAUGUCGAUUUGAAAGUCGGGGAAGCUAUGUUUUUACAAGCCAAAGAUCCUCAUGCUUACAUCUCAGGUGAUAUAAUUGAAUGUAUGGCUGCAUCCGAUAACGUCGUCAGAGCUGGUUUCACUCCUAAAUUCAAAGACGUUGAGAAUUUGGUUGACAUGUUAACCUACUCUUAUGAGUCUGUUGAAAAGCAAAAGAUGCCAUUAUUGCCAUUUGCUAAGGCUCAUGGUCAAGCAGCUAAGUCCGUCUUAUACAACCCACCAAUUGCAGAAUUCGCUGUUUUACAGACGAUCUUUGACAAGGCCAAUGCAGUACAACAACACGAUUCAUUUGAUGGUCCAUCCAUUGUCAUCUGUACCAACGGUACUGGUAACAUUAAGGUUGACGGAAGUGACAUCAAGAAAGUUGAAACCGGAUAUGUUUACUUUGUUGCUCCAGGAGUACCUAUUGAGUUAGAAUCAACCAGCGACGACUUCACUACUUACAGAGCAUUCGUAGAAGCAGAUAUUUAG